ACUGCUUAGGCUGACCUUCCUUCUUCGUGUAAGGAGGUUUACUUGCGUGCAGGGGCAUUUUGACUGAUUUUUAAUUGUCAAUAACUAGAAAGCAAAGCCGGUGAUUUUCAUUUUAUUUUAGCUUCAAGAAUCACCACUUAAAUUUUUUUACACCUAUAACCGAACAUCCUGUAUAAAUUUCUUAUUAUUCUUAUAGCACCUACUAUCCGGUAAGUUCAAUUAGAUCUUCCAUAUCUACCUUUUGUCUUUGUACCCUUCUAUAUUCUAUAUUCAACGGUGUAAUCAACUAAUCCAUUUAUAAUUCCAUUUCAUCAGCAAAUUGCCACAAGAACGAAGUAACACGACGUCUAACGUUCGAGGAUUUAACACAGACCUGUGUUAAUAAUGAAACAGAAAUCGAUCACAGCGUAAAUGUACCUGUUAUUUAUCCGUCUAUAUCUAAAGAUAGCAAUCAAACCUUUAUUUCACGCCCUUUGUGUUAAGUCGAUAUUAGAAUCAUAGAAAGAAGGAAUGAAUAAUCAAGGCAACACCUGUUAUCAUGAUUCAUAUGUAUUGGAGCAUACGUGAGCGACAGCUUUAGAAGUCGAUCAGACACCAUGCAAACGGAACAAGAUUUGGACAUAUCGGUCAUCUUCUCGAUGUUUUUCUUGAGGAACAUCGGCUUAUGGAUAUCCGACAAUCGCGCGGAAAACCGUCGGAUGAAAAUAAAGCUAAUGUGCACACUAUUCAAUUCAAUAGAUGCCUCGAUCGUCAUUAUGAGAGAUUUCUAUUUUACUUGGUUAUACAAAGGCGACAUUCUUUACGUUACUACCAACAUAUUAACUGUGAUAAUGGGUCUAAUCAAGAUAUGUAUCAUAUUAAUGCAUAAAAGGGAAUUUAUAAGUCUGAUUACGUACACGCAACGAAAUUUCUGGAAUGUUAACUACGAUACACGCGAGAAAGAAAUUUUAAAGAAUUGCAGAAAGACUUGCACCUUUUUCGUCUGUUCUGUCAGCGCCAUUGGCAUAUGUGCUAUGCUAGCUUACCUGUCAACACCGCUUAUUACAAAUGCUGGGAAAAAUAAAUCAGAAAGAAUAUUGCCAUUCAACGUGUGGCUAAAUUUACCAGUAUCUAUAUCGCCUUACUACGAAAUAGGAUUCCUUAUACAGACGAUAAGUUUGUAUUACAUAGCGGUCAGUUAUUUUUGCUUCGAUAACGUUUUCUGCAUCCUCGCCGUACAUUUGACUGGCCAGUUUCGCAUACUUCGAUACAGGUUCGCAAAACUGUGUGACAUGGAACAUCAGAUAACAGAGGAAGACACGGGAUUGAUGAUAACAAAGCAUGUGCAUACAUUUUACGAGCAAUUGAAGUUGUACAUUCGACAACAUCAGACACUGAUUGAUUUUUGCAACAGGCUUGAAGACGUAUAUACGAUGCUGAUAUUUGGACAAGUGUUGGUAUUUAGCGUGUUAAUUUGCCUGUUUGCUUAUCAGGGACUAGUGGUUGCUGCUCCUUUUGCGAGACGUUCCAUCUUCGUCUUUCUUUUAGUCGGUUCAAUGGCUCUACUGUUUAUGUUCACCUAUAGUUGUGACGGUGUGAUAGAACACAGUGAGAAAGUUGCUAUAGGAGCAUAUUCGGCGCUGUGGACGAUCAUGCCAAUGAACAAACCUGGUAGAAUGCUGCGAAACGAUCUGAUAAUGGUGAUUGAACGAUCAAGACGAGUUUGUUGUCUUACUGCGAACAAUUUUUUUCCUGUAUCAUUGGAAACUUACACUACGAUUUUAUCUACCGCAGUAUCGUAUUUCACGUUGUUAAGGAAUAACGUAGAAGAUAAAAAUGUAGAUUGAUUGAUAAAGCAAAUUAUCAACAAA